UUCUGCCCAUUUGUUUAUCAAAGAGUCAACGCCAAUAGAUCCCAGAUAGAUCAGAGACCGUCCAAAACCGCAGUGAAAUCGCGAGGCGGCAGCUCUCUCGGGCCAACCCGACCGAAGGCUCGCGACCGCCUCCUCUUCAUCCUCAGAUCUCGCCGCCGGCGGAAUGCUCCCCUCCUCCCGCGGCGGCGGCCGCAGACGCCUCGUCCUCCUCCUCGCACUCACCGCCGUCUUCGCCUUCGCUUCUCCGCUCCGCGCGUCCGCCUCAGAGUCUGACCACAAGUACAAAGCUGGAGAUUCAGUUAAGCUCUGGGUGAAUAAAGUUGGACCUUACAAUAAUCCUCAAGAAACUUACAAUUAUCACAGCCUCCCAUUUUGUCAACCAUCUGAGAACCCUGGGCAUAAGUGGGGUGGUCUUGGAGAAGUCCUGGGUGGGAAUGAGUUGAUUGAUAGUCAGCUUGACAUAAAGUUCUUAAGAAAUGUGGAAAGGGGAUCCAUUUGCACACUGGAACUAGAUUCCAAGAAGGUUCAACAAUUUGCUGAUGCCAUUGAAAGCUCGUACUGGUUUGAAUUUUUCAUAGAUGAUCUGCCUCUUUGGGGAUUUGUUGGAGAGACUGACAAAAACAGUGAAAACAAGCACUAUCUUUACACGCACAAGAACAUUCUUGUAAAGUACAAUGAUAACAGGAUAAUUCAUGUUAAUCUCACCCAAGAGUCUCCUAAGCUCCUUGACGCUGGCAAGAAGUUGGACUUGACAUAUUCAGUGAAGUGGGUACCAACAGAUGUUUCAUUUGCACGCCGUUUUGAAGUUUACCUGGACUAUCCUUUCUUUGAACACCAGAUUCACUGGUUCUCCAUUUUCAAUUCUUUCAUGAUGGUUAUUUUUCUCACUGGUUUGGUUUCAAUGAUAUUGAUGCGAACACUGAGAAAUGAUUAUGCAAAAUAUGCUCGUGAUGAUGAUGAUCUAGAGUCACUGGAGAGAGAUGUUAAUGAGGAAUCUGGGUGGAAACUUGUCCAUGGUGAUGUAUUUCGUCCUCCUAGAAGCUUGACACUUCUUUCUGCUCUUGUCGGUAUCGGCACCCAGCUGGCAGCUCUUAUCCUACUUGUGAUUGUAUUGGCCAUCGUUGGCAUGUUAUAUGUUGGGCGAGGGGCUAUCAUCACAACCUUCAUCGUGUGCUAUGCUCUUACAUCUUUUAUUUCUGGAUAUGUUAGUGCUGGUUUGUACUCGAGGAAUGGCGGUAAAAACUGGAUAAAGGCUAUGAUCCUUACAGCAUCCCUCUUUCCAUUCUUGCACUUUGCAAUUGGCUUUGCACUGAAUACAAUUGCAAUCUUCUAUGGGUCAUUAGCGGCAAUACCAUUUGGUACAAUGGUUGUCAUGUUUGUCCUUUGGGCUUUCAUAUCUUUUCCACUGGUGCUUUUGGGAACGGUCGUUGGUAGAAACUGGAGUGGGGCUCCUAACAAUCCCUGCCGAGUAAAGACUAUUCCCCGGCCUAUUCCCGAGAGGAAGUGGUACCUUACACCUUCUGUCAUCUCAUUGAUGGGUGGGCUGCUUCCCUUUGGCAGCAUCUUCAUCGAGAUGUACUUUGUGUUCACAUCAUUCUGGAACUACAAGGUGUAUUAUGUUUACGGCUUCAUGUUGCUGGUCUUUGUCAUUCUUCUAAUAGUUACAAUCUGUGUCACAAUUGUCGGUACUUAUUUCUUGCUGAAUGCUGAGAACUAUCAUUGGCAAUGGACCUCGUUUUUCUCAGCUGCAUCAACAGCGCUAUAUGUGUACCUGUACUCCAUCUACUACUAUCAUGUGAAGACAAAGAUGUCCGGCUUUUUCCAGACAAGUUUCUACUUUGGCUACACAUUGAUGUUCUGUCUUGGUCUGGGAAUACUUUGCGGUGCUAUUGGCUAUGUAGGGUCAACUCUUUUCGUGAGGAGAAUCUACAGAAACAUCAAAUGUGAUUAAUUUCCUGCUACACAUGUGGGGUGGGGGUGGAGCGGUAUCAGAUGAAAUCAUAUACGUGGAAGCGAGGCCUUCUAAAUGGAUUAAUGCUAGUUCCUGAUUAGGGUUUCAGAACUACGUCCCCUUUGCUUAUUCCAUCACACCCUUUCUUUUUGCAUACUUAUUUCUUACCUGGAGCUGCUCUCAUAGUGUAUACAUCUGUGGUAGCUGAGGAGUUCAGUACAAGUGGCUGGUGAAGGUUCUUAUUUUUGUUUGUUUCUUGCCCUUUUUUUUUGGUUGCAUUCCUCCUUUUCAAAUGAGAAAGAAAUAGGAAGUGAGUAUCCAUGCGGCACUGUCUGGACUUCCCCUCUGAAUCGUUACGUCCAAUUCAAGGAUGGCAUGUACUACGCGAGAUCUGUGUAUUUAUAUACAUAUAUCAACAUUUAAUGCAUGAGAGUAUGUGUGCUGUC